AAAGGCCUGAAGUCAGUGAAUCAGAUGCGUGUGAAGAAUCAAUGAAAAGCUUUUAAAAACUACAUUUGUUAUAAUGACGAGCUAAUUUACGAGAGAGAGAGAGGCAGCGCCGUACUAAAAUUAAUCCUGAGACAGAAAAACACUUCAUAUCUUUUCGUGCAUUUUCAGUGAUACUUUAGAUCAAGAGUGGGACAAUUAUUUCGACAUCUUUCACUUGCUUGUAUUGACCCGUAGUGAUUGAGAAAACAAUAAUAUUGACCCCCGUAGUGAUUGACCCGCUUCUCGGAACUAUUCCUCAGUACUUCUCAAGCUUUCUUCAUAACUUUUUCAAGGUCACUAGAAAAUCAUGUUCCAUAAAAUUCUUCAACUAUCUUCACUGUUCGGAAGGCAACACUCGAUGCAUGGUUUCAAUUGUACCAUCUUCCAGACGAUCUUAACAAUAUUCCCUGUCCAUGUGUGAUAGAAACCGGUAAUAUUUUCGGCCCAAGUGUACAAGAAAUUAUAAGUAUUUCUAGACCAAUUAUGAUAAAAGCCUGAAAUAUUUUCGGACCAAGUCUGAUAGAAACCAGUAGUGUAGUAGAAACAAUAAUAUUUCCGGUUCCAUUGUGCUAGAAACCUUCAAUAUUUCUGGCCUUAAGGUACUGCCACCACCACAACCACACUCACCACCACAACCACACUACCACCAUCACACACACCACUACCACCCCUACACACACACUACCACUACACUACUCAUUACCACCACACUCACUACCACUACACUACUCAUUACCACCACACUCACUACUACUAUCACACCACCCACCACAACCACCAUCACAUCUACCACAACUAUGUCUCGCCACAUGCAACUGCCUGAGGGGAAGAGGAUUCACAUAUACAGGAGUGGGGACGCCUUCUACAAGGGAGUGUCUGUAGUGGUCAACCCCAAAUGUCUCAAGAGCUUUGACAGUCUCCUUGUUGAGGCCACGACGAAGGUUGACGCAACAUGGGGAGCCGUCCGCAGCAUCCACACCCCCAACACAGGCACCGUUGUAGACUGCUUGGGCAACCUUCGUCAGCAUGGUGCCUACGUGGCUGCUGGUCCCAUGGGCUUCGUCAGCAUCCCUGGAGGAUACGAGAACAUUGGCAAGGCUGGGGUUCUGAGGAAAGUGACUUCUAAUUCGAAGGUGAUUCAUUUACGACCCACGCAGAAGAACGACAUUUACAACGUGUUCAUGUACAGGAACGGCGAGGCAGGGAAAGCCGUUCCUUUCAAGUUCUCCAAGGCUGACUUUGGUAACUGGGAGGAGGCUUUAAACAAGCUAUCGGAGAAGGUUCGACUCCCUAAUGGCCCCGUUAAGAGGAUCUACCAUUUGACUGGGAAGAUCCUUAGCAAGCCUGAGGAACUUGUCAACAAAGGCAGCUACGUCGCGGCUGGCUCCAACGAACUCUUCAAAAAGGUCAAUUACGGAGAGCUAUCGAAACAAGAACCAGAGGUUGGCAGCGGUUACAAAGGGAGCAAGUACUACAAGGACCCAGUCAAGGGCUCGCAAAACGCAUCUCAGGAACUCCCAACAGGCAACAACCGUACGAACUCCCUCGGGAGAAAAGGAAGGAGGAAAAAGACUGGUAAAACGAAGAAGGAGAAAGAGAUAAAUGGCAAAAAAGAAAUUCCAUCGACAGAACUCCUAACUGAGAAUGAGAACCAAUGGACGGAACAGGAGGAGGAAGAGGGUGAGCGCGAUGUGGAAGAGAGAGGGUAUGAGGAAGAAGAAGUUGAAGGGGCAGAAGAAGGGGAUGAUGGGGCCCUGACAGGGAGAGGACGACCAACCAGUGGUGCUCGAAGAAGGGCGGCUUCCGUUACUUCGUCCAAGGUCAGCACCCGUCGAGCGAGGUCCAGCAGAAGGAGCCAGGCUAGGCGCUCUAGGCAAGACGAGUCCUUGGAGCCCAAUGCCGACACGCCUGAAGAAGGUCACGAACGCUCGUACCCCAAACAUAAAUCGUCCAACAACUCUUAUGCGAUUCCGAAGCAGAUUCCGGAGAGUGACUUCUCGAAGGUGGACUACUUGAGUCUGAAUGGCGCCUCCCAGCAGAAUUCUCCACAAGAUUCGCCGCUCACGACCCCCACCAACUCCAAGCCUUCCAGCCCGCGGGACUUCAACUAUCGAACUCAGGGACAGUACAGUUACCCCUUCCACGAGACCAUCGCAGAGGAGAGCGAGGGGGAGCUGCGAUCUGUACAUGCUGACCGUGGUCCGAGGGGUGACUCAGGGCUCUCCAUGUACGACAGCGGCCACGCUUCGCUCUUCAGCGACGAAGACAGACCCGACAGCGUCUUCAGGGCAAAACAAACACACUCCCGUCCAAGGACGCGAGCUGUAGAGGUAAACUACGACACAGACGACGGAGGAAUUUACAGGUCUAAGAAAAGGGCGGAUUACUCGAGGGGCGCCUUGGAGAUCCUUGAUUCCACCGACACCAACAUCGAACUCCCAGUGGACCUCAUGGACCCUGUGGAGGUUCAGGAGGAGGUGUACGCCACGUGAUGGGCUGCAGAGCACACGCAGGCGUGUAUUACAACGAGGUGAAGAGCUUCACUAACUACGGGCUAUUCAUGCCCGUGCCACCUAUUGGGCUUAGCCUUCAUCAAUCAAGCUUCACUAAGCCAGUGUAUGAACCACUCUCUCUCUCCCGACACAUUACCUCAGCACAUCCUUCCAACACACCUCAACAUGGGUAUGUCAUGUGUUGAGACAAUAUAUAUAUAUAUGUCGUACCUAGUAGCCAGAACGCACUUCUCAGCCUACUCUGCAGGGCCCGAU